CCGCUUUGCACCGAGGGCUUUCAAGAGAGUGGUGAAGGCAGCAGGAGGGCAUCGUGGCCCCAGCCCGGGGAGUGGCACUCCCCGCAGGGAGUGUUGGGGAAGGCGCUGAGGGCGGUGUAGGAGCGCCGCUGCCAGGCACAGAUCAAUGGUGUGUAGUGUGGGACCAAACACGCUGCCGCCGCCGCCGCUGCUGCUGCUGCACCAACCUCGCUGCUCCACUGAGCCUCCAUCUCCUUCUCUCUCUUGUCACUCGUCGCCUUCGCCGCCGUGGCUGCCGUCGUCGUCACCUUCACACUGGACAAGUGUAGCAGCAGAUGGUGGUGAGAAUGUUAACUCGGGUUGGCAAACUUGGCAGGAUGUGAGCGUAGAGUGUUGUGCGGCGGUGUGAGUGUGGCUGGCUGGCUGGCCCGCCCAGAGACAUGCCGCCACGCAGUCAAGGUGGCGGCCCACCCUUGUAUUGUUGACGUGUUCCUGCGGGUGUCACCAGCACCCAAGCACCCACAGUCAAUACCCAGGUGUCUACUCCACCUUAACUCGGUCACCUGUGCCGCCAAGACAUGCAGACAUAGCCUGUGACUGGCGGUUUGUAAGGGGCGCCCCGCUCCGCCUCCCCACAUGGGUACCAGGCACCAGGCAAGCACAAAGUCCAGCUGAGCAUCACAUAAACCUUUACCGGUGCUCCUUCUCCUCUUUCCUACCAUUUUGCAACCUAUUCACUCCUGCCCACAGCCUGGGCACGAGAUGGACAUCAUAGGCGACACUGAGCGUAAGAUCACACACGCCAGGGUUGUGGUAGUGGAAGGUGUUAGUGCGUGCAGGUGGCGCUGAUGAUGAAUUAGUCAAAGUCGACUUGCGUUGACAGAGCACGAUUUUCAAGACGUGUCGAGUCGGUGGCCUGCAUUCCAGGAUCUGUGCCUCUCAGCUAAACACCAAAUUUGUCUUUCUCGUGCAUAGUUCCUUUUGUUCUUUAACACGGUAUUCAGUGCUGGUUUAAUUGUUAUCUUAAAGCAAAAUGAAGAAAAGUGGCUGGGAUGUGUCAUUCUAUACCGUGUGUCUCAGUGAUGUUCUUGGUCAUGCCAAGCCCUCGAGGCACCUACACAAUAUUCCCAUUGUCCAGAUCUUAGUUGUUGAGUUAGAAUAUUCGUGGCUUGUGUGAGUGAUCGUGCAGCAGCUGUGAUGGCUGUUACUGUAUGGUGCGUCAGUUUGAGGAGUGAACCGCGGCCACCACCACUUGUCUGUCAGUUGUCGUGGAACGUAAACAGUGCUCAGUAAGUAGUAUUUAAUCAGUGAAUUGUCAUGAAACGUAACAGUGCUCAGUAAGUGGUGUUAACCAGUGAAUUGUCAUGAAACGUAACAGUGCUCAGUAAGUGGUGUUAAUCAGUGAAUUGUCAUGAAACGUAACAAUGCUCAGUAAGUGGUAUUUAAUAACAAUGCUCAGUAAAUGGUAUUUAAUCAGUGAGUUGCCAUGAAGCGUAAACAAUGCUCAGUAACUGGUGUUCAAUUGGUGAGUUGCCAUGAAGCGUAAACAUUGUCCAAGUAAGUGGCGCUUCACCAGUGUGAGUUGCCGUGGAGUGUAAACAAUGCCCAUCUACUCGAGCAACACGGACGUGGCUGGGUACGAGACCCUCAGCACUCGUCGCCGACACAAUCCCUUCCACCGUCAAGGGGGUCCGGAGAAAAAUGAUCCCCAUCGGUUUGUGGAAGGGAUGAGCUUCAAGGGCAAACUAAUUGGAGUGCUAGAGGUCUCUGAAGCACGAGGUGACCGCAUGUGCCAAGAGGCAUUAGCAGAACUCAAGAUGGCUGUCCGGGCUGCUGGAGAACAUAAACAAAGAAUUGUCAUUAAUGUAGCCAUGGACGGGAUCAGAUUACGGGAUGAGAGAUCAAGUGACUGCCUGUACCACCAUCCAGUGCACAAAAUCUCCUUCAUCGCCCAGGAUAUGACAGACACUCGGGCUUUUGGCUAUAUUUUUGGCUCUCCUGAUGCUGGCCACAAGUUCUUUGGCAUUAAGACAGAGAAAGCAGCGAGCCAAGUGGUUAUAGCCAUGCGCGAUUUGUUCCAGGCUGUAUUUGAGAUGAAGAAGAAGGAAAUAGAGAAGGCCAGGUCACAGUUGGAGGAGGGCAGAGACAGAGGAGAGUUCAGGGACCCUUCAUUUGGCGGGUUGUUCGGCAGCAAUGGGGACAGUGGAAUAGUGAGUGCCAGUCUGACAAGUGGGGCCGGGGGGGCUAUUGCUGACUUGCUAGAUCUUCAAAGUGAACUGAGCUCCCUUCAGAAGGGGCUCACGGAAAUCAGCCAGCAGCGUGCUCAACAGAACCAGAAGGAGGGUGAGCAGUUUGACCCCUUUGGUGAUUCCUUCAAGCCCACAUUUCCCCCACCCGACACAAGCAAGCCUAGAAUUACAGCAAGUACAGCACCCACGCCUGCCCCCUUGGCUCCUCCUCCUGUGUCUGGUAGAACUAGGCAUGACUCACACCAUGGGUCUCAGCAGCAACAGACUUCUGCUUCAGGGGGCUCAGAGCAGAAAGGCAGUCAAGAGUUUGGAAAGUUCCCUGUAACUUUUCCAGAUGUGUCAAAGUCUCCCCCGCCAGCUCAAAAUGAACCUGCAAAGCAAGUGUCAAAAGCAGGGGAGUCACAGGAAGACAGAUAUGCGGCUUUCAAAGAAUUCAGAACUGUGAAUAAUGGAUCAUUUAAUGAUUUUAGUGAUGCAAGGUUUUGUGAAGGACAAGAAUCUCAAGCCAGUGGUGCAUCUAGUCUUCACCAGGCAGAUGACUUUGAUGCACAGUGGAUACAAGCUGAUUUCCCUGAUGCAGCACUUCCUGGCAGUAAAGAAACUCAAUACGAUGUAUUUACUGACCUAGAUCCACUUGGUACAGGAAAAAAUCGUCCUUAUGUUGACAAGCGAGAUUUCUUUAGUGAUAUGCGCAAGCCAGUGAGACGUGUUUUACGAGAGUUGGGAGAUGGAGAGGCAUCUGCCCCAUGCUCUCCGCGAACUCAGCCAGGAAUGAUUCCCCCUGAGGUUUCUGCAUUGGUAGCCUCAACAUCUCUCUAUGCUACUACACCCAGAUCUAUUUGUGUAACAGCCUCAAGACAUUCAGCAUCAACAAACAUUACUCCUGUUCAUUGUACCUCUAUGCCUUCUCAUUCCUUUACAGAGUCCUUUAGUCCUCCUGACUCUUUUGGGCAGGAGGACUUUCGUUUCCACCAAGCUUCAGAAAAGGAUUUCUAUGAGGCUUCUAAUUUUUCAUCCUCAGGAUUUGCUGAUUUUAAUACUUUCCCAAAUGAUUCACCUAGAAGCCAAAGGUCAGAGAUGUCAAGCAGCAUACCAGAUGAGCCUCCUCCACCACUGCCAUGUGGGCCAUUAACUGUAGCUCUGCCUCCUGAAUCAUUCCGAGAUAGUCCACCACCAUUUUCUCCACCUCCAGUACCAAGGUCUCCUGCAAGAAUGGCCUCAGGUCCUGGAUCUCCACAACUGCCCCAUCCCCAUCAUUCCCCUGUUCCCCAGACUCGUUUAAGCAAACAAAUCAUGGUUGCAACCUCUUCGCUAAGUCCCAAAACUCUGCCACGGAGCCAUAAGUUUAGAAAACAAUCAAGCUUUGAAAGUGAGUGGGACAUGGGAGACAUGGGACAUUCUCGUGGGUUUACUAGUGGUGAGCUGACUCCUCCAACUCCUCCUCAGUUGCAAAGUGAAGGAGGCCUCAGUCCUAGGCCCAGACCAAGAUCAUAUCUAUCAAAACAGUUGAGUGCUAGUUCUGCAACUUUGUCUUUAAGACCUUCUCAUAGCCGGUUCAGUGAUGUUGAGCAGUUCUCUUCUCCAGAAGUAGAGAGUAGACCUUUUCCUACAGAUGAACUUAACCUCAGUUAUGAAGAAGCCCCCAAGCCACCACCCAGACCAGCCCAUAUUGAGCCACCACCUCUUCCACCAAAGAGGCAACCUACUCAUGUUUCCUUACGGCCACCUCCACGUCCACCUCCAACAUCAGAUGCACAUUAUAAUUAUAUAAAUGAGUAUGAUUCCUCCCCUGAAGAAGCUAAUACUCCACCCAUUCCAAUCCCUGCCAGGAAACCGCGCUACCCUGAUUCUGCUUCUCAACCUGCAUUUAUCCCAAGCCGAUGUACCAAGCCUUCUCACCCUGACAAUUUUCAAUUUCCGAAACCGAGUGUUAGUCCCACUCAUGAGUUAACAGGAGCUGUACCUAAAAGUUCAAGAGAAUCUACCCCAAGUAAGUUAUCAACUCCUGGGAAAUCCCCUAAACUUAUUCCAAAGAGCAAUGUAUCAGUUGACCUUGCUAACACAAGCCUAGACCAACUAGCAGCUAGUUUAGAUAUGCCAGUGGAACAGUUAGCAAGGAUGACAGUAGUGGAGCUAGCAGCUUGUUUGGCUCAGCUCCAGCUGAGGCAAGGAGGAGAUUUAGAGGAUCAGGCCAAAGGAGACAUACAAACACACGGGGUGCCACCAGAGAAACCUGGUCGGAGAUCUAAGGGUCCCAGCAGAGAUCAAAGCAAAGAACGAUUUGCAUUUAGUGAGGAUGAAAUGUUUGCUGAAUUUGAUGCCCAAUUCCCAAAGAGUCCCGUAGAGCCUCCAGAGUUCAGUGAAAGUAGUGAUCAGCAUGUGACACAUGCUGUGGGAGCACCAGUUAGUGAAGAUAGAUAUGCAGUAUUCCGGGAACUGACAACUGUUACAAAACAGAAAUCUGUAUUUGAUGAAAAUUUCUUGACCCCUCAAAAUUCAAUGGAGGAAGAAGUUUCAGAGGUUUCAUCAGGCACCUUUAAAGCAAAUUUUGAUGGUGAUCUUCGACAUGAUUCCCUGGAACAUAAGUCUUCCUUAAGUGAUGAUGGGGAUGCUGCAGAGCUGGAGAAAGAUAAAGAAUGGCAUCCUCCAAAUCAUGACCUUGAGUGUGUUACAGUUUUCAGAAGUCCUGAAAUUAGUGAAUACGAUAACUUUGAACCUGCCUUUGAUGCAAAGUUUGAUGAUGAUUUCUCAGCUGCCACAAUGAGUGAAAAAAGCCUCACUCCAGUGAACUCUCCGUCACAUCAGACGCAGCCAAGUCCAAGACCUCACAGGCAACAGAUUGAUACCCAGAAAUCGCCUUUUACAGAUGAUUUCAGUGCCUCUUGUCACACUGGUGGUAGUUCAUCUAGGCAGACAUCUGGUAGAAGAACUAGGCCUGAAUCUGAAACAUCCUUUGCAAGCUUUGAUGAUAAUUUUGUUCCCUCAUCUUCUGAUGUAGAAAAGUAUUCAAAUUUCCAAGAUUUGUCAAGCAGCGAACAAAUCUCAAGGCAAAAUUCUCUAAGAUCUCCCUUUACUGAUAAUUUUGUAGACUCAAAGAGAAUGGAGCAGGUUGAUGACAGUGGCUUUGCUUCAAGUUUUGGUGAUAAUACCGAUAAGUUUGAUGAUCCAUUUACUACUGUUGAGUCCAAGCCUCGGAGCUCCUCAAGAAGUAGUAUUGACAAUGUAACUAAAACCCCAAUUGAUAGAGAAAACUCACUUCAACCGCCAGCAGAUACCUCAACUUGUAAACGAAAAAGUCCAUUUGAUGAUGAUUUCACUAAUCGAGGUGAUCGAUAUGAGGUUCUAAAGGAAGUGGAGAGUGAAAGAGAACCAUCACUGGAAGGUGAGGUCAGUCGUCUCACAAGGCAAGGCGAUCCAAGGGCUUCACCAUUUGAUGAUUCCUGGCAUGGAUCUCAUAGGAAUACUCCAUAUGAUGACCAAAAAUCAAUUGGUUCAUUACAUUCCAUUCAUGAAGAAAAUAGAAACAUUUCUCAUGAAUCUCCAUUUGAUGAUGAUUUUAAUCAGGAUUCCCGGAAAGCAUCAGUAGAUCAUGGACGACUUUCCCGUUCAGGCUCUGAAAAUAGAAAGUCUCCAUUUGGUGACAGUUUCACUCCUCCAACUUCUACAAGACCGCAUAGGAACCGUGUUCCAUCGCGACUUAGUGUGGGAAGUGAAGGAAGUGAUGUUAGACAUUCCCCAUUUGAGGAUAAUUUUAGUUCAAUAAUUGGUAGUGUAGCUGAAGAAGUGAAUUUUGAUACUGCAUUUCCCAGCCUUCCACAGGACAGUCCCACAACAAGUGAAGCUGCGGAAAGUGAUCCAUUUAGCGUCAAGCUUAGUAAGGUACAAGUUAAAGCAGAAGGUAGUGAAAGUGAAAUGCAAUUUGCUGACUUUGAGAAUGCUUUUCAACAAAAUGAUAAUGAGGAGGGUAGCGAACAAUCCACCCAGAACCAAACUGAUGGUACUCCUGGAAGGACCCCUGUACCAAGUGAAGAUGCUGUUCUUGAUGAUGUUUUUCCCAGCGAAGAGGCAGAGUUCAAGAUCACUGCUCGUUAUGUUGCUCCUACCGCAGAUAUGAAAAAGUCAGAUUCAGUGAGCAUCUUCCGUCGUAACAGUGAUCCCUUUGCUGAUGACUUUUUCUCUGCAGAAAAUGAAAUCAAUAUUACUGCACCAUCUGGUAAAACUGAUGCUGACCCCUUCUGGGAAGAACCUUUUGAUAAUUUUAGCUUCCCAAAAGAGCAGUGAAAAUUAUCUUAUACAAAGCACCAAUGUUCAGGACAGUUUGUAGAUGAAAUAUACACUAUAUAAGUGUACUGUGAGAAAUAAAAUUUAGCAUUGAAUAGAAAGCUCAAAGAUUCCAUGAAAAUUUGAACAGAUGUGUUUAACAACAAACAAUUAAAUUGACUACUUUAAUGGAAAUUGUCAUAGACAUGCCCAUUGUACCCAUUUUUAGUUUGCCUUUAUUUUUUAUUGUUAAUAUUUAAAGUUAUAGAUAAUAAGCAUAAGUAUCAAAACUGGUUACAUAAGAAAAAUGGAAUCUUUAUUGUAUCUGCUUACACAAUGAAUGCAGAGCUAAUGUUGCAAUAUUGUUUGCACCUCUGCUAAUAUUUACUUGUGUUUGCUUAUUACCAAAUACUUUAGGGUAUCUGUAAACAACAUGGAAGACAAAAGAUCUUUCAAGAAGUAGGAUUUUAAAAAGUAUGAAAUUAAUCAGUUGAGAGGUAAUGUAAGUUUAAAGAAAUUCUUUUACAUCAUUCUAAGGUAUUUUCUACUUAUUAGUGAGAUGAAUCAAUGAUGAUAAUGAAGAGACCUGAUACCAACACCGAAAGAAUUUCUUUGAACAGGGAGUAUAUGCUAUUUUUAACAAGCUGUGAUCUGUCUGUUUUAUGCUGUACUCAGUGUACUUUCUUAAGCUAUUUACUGUAUUGUCAUGACAUGCUGCAGAAUAAGAGGAAAUUCUAAACAUCUUUGUUUAGAAACUCACAUGCCUCAUUUACACAUUUAUUGCCAGAGAUGAAGUGAUAUAAUGUAAUCUGUGUAGAAGAUGUACAAGAGUUCUUUCAUUCCCCAGUGUUUUUAUGUAAAUGUGUAACGGAUAUAUUGUUCAUACUGUAUAUUUUUCAAGCGCUUAAGCUCAGCCACUUCAUGUGACAGAAUUUUUUAUCACAUUCCCAACCAAUUAUUACAGAUGUUUCAACCAGUGGUGAAAAAGAGUAAGUUUGGAAUGGUCCAAUUAUUUGGUAAGUUUUAGUUAUAACUCAUAUUGACUGAAUUAGGUAUGCACCACAUGGACAAGGCCAGUCUGAGAAGGCUACUGAUAUACCCACCGAGUAUGUUUUUGGUUUGUUUCAUAAACCAGUAUGAUGAGUAUUAUAAGUAGCCUAUAAUGCUUUAUUUCUGAUAUUGGUCACAACUUGGGCCAAAGAGAAAGGUUCACAUGAAUAUUAUUGUAGUUAUUCAUUGUUUAACACAGUCAGAUGCCAUAUUUCAUGCAAUGAGAGACAGUUUGAAAUUGAUUGUGUUGUUGGUCACAAUAUAACAUGGUGUGUGAUUUAUGAUGUGAGUUUAGCAGAGUAGCAGAUUCUAAUGUCACAAUGUGAGAUAGAUAAUAUACUUUUUUAUAAAAGAAUUUGACCACUGUAUGUAAUGGACUUAUUUAUUUAUUAAUUUUAACUUACAGAAUCUCAUUGAGCCAUCUGUACCUUUGCCAUAUAGACAUACAGUGGUCCCUCAAUUAACGAACGGUUCAAUUAACAAAAUUUUGCUUAACGGAUUAGCUCCCAUAAGGAUUUUCAGUUCCAUUAAUGAAUAAAACUUCGAUUAACGACAGCCUUACGAGAAACACGCCUUGGUGUGCGCAUCAGCUGAUCGGCUAGUCCGCCAAUACAGUAAUUGGUUCUUUGUUUACAUUCGUUUCCAGUGGAAUAAAUGUCAAGCAAGUUGUGCUCUUGAAUAUUUUUGCAUUUUUUAUAUUAAAAUUAUUGGUCAUUCUGAAAUUUACCUCACAUAUUGAUAAUAUAUACAGUACAGGGAACAGUUUUUGUCAGCACUCCAGCUGAUCGAUUCGCCCACCAACGCUUCUUGGUUUAACUUUGUUUACAGUGGAGUGAACAGCCAGUUUGUUGGUCUUCAAUAUUUUUGCAUUUUUACAUUAAAAUUAAUUGUCAUUCUGAAAUUAGUUAACUUAUUGAUAAUAUACAGUGCAGAAAUUAUUAUGAAACAUGAAGAAGGCAUUAGAACCAAUGCACUCUGUAAAGAAUAUGGCAUGUCAUCAUCGACUGCCUCUACAAUCAGCUGUUUGAUAUAUAAACAAAGCUGCCUUGGAAUACAACAUACGCACCUCAAAGUAAAUUAAAAUACAGUAUAGUAUUCUAUUGUUUUUUAUUUAUUAUUGUACAGUAUACUGUACAGUACAGUACUGUAUUUAGUUUAUAUUUAAAGUUUUGUUAAUUCUAUUACCAGUAUACAAUACUUUGUGUGUAUACUUUUUCUGUGAGUUGGAACCAAUUACCCAAUAUCCCAUUGAAAUAAUAGAUUCAGUUAAUGAAAUUUUUGGUUAACAAACGAUUCUGUGGAACCAAUUGUGUUCAUUAAUCGAGGGACCACUGUAUUUGGUUUUUAAUGUUACUUUUACAAAUUUUACUGGUAUUGACUUAAAUACGUAUCAUGUAUCUCAUUUUAUUAUUAUUUGAUUAAAAUACACUGUGCAAGACAUUUAUAAAACCAGUAUUGAUAUCUUCAAAAAUUAUUACAAGGAGCAAAACACAUUUUUAGGGAAUGGAUUAAGCUAUCACUAUUUUAUGGUCUCCUUCUUAUCCAGGUGGAUGAUAAUGUGAUGAUUCCCCUCUCAUAAAUCUCAAGACAUAAACUCAGAAUAUUAUUACACAAAAUCUUAAUGAUGUAGGAAUUGUGUUUUUUGUGCAUGUUUAUUUCAUGAUAUGUGCAUGCAUGACAUGUAAAGGAAGCAUAAACAAAUGAAUUUAGACAUAAAUCCUUAAUAACUGGACACAGUAUGUGUGAGCUGUGGAUAAAAAAUUUUGUGUAAUAAAUAUUAAGAUGAACAAGGACACUGAGCAAUCCUCCUCAUAUCUCCUUGUAAAUGGAAACUAAGUAUCUGACUUUUUUAACAAUUACUCAAAUACUGUUGAAACUUGACAAUGGUUUUAUUUUAAUUAUCCUCACUGACUCGUAUGAUAUUUCAAGAAAAUUACUUCGACCCACCAUGGCAAUGAAGUAUUGUUCCACUUAUCGGCAGGAGAGUUGGGCAAUUGAGGGUCUGCCCUGAUCAGUAAGACUGUUAUGGUAACCAAAACUUAGAACCCUAAACUGCUCAGGCUUCUGAUACUCUGUACUCCUCACUCAUGAACGUAUGUUCCAUGAUGAAGGAGUUCAUUUUUAUAACCAUGUCUAAAGAUAGAUUAUUAAUUUAUUAUAUAGUUUCUGUACAAAUAUUGUAACUCAAGUAAUAGUAAUAACAAUAACAAGUUA